UGUUCAAAAUUAUCUGUGACGAGAAAAUGUCCAUUCUGGAAGCACUGGCAGAGUCGGACCCUGAGUACGUGGAACUCGUGAGAGAAAUGAGACAGUCGAUUGUCGACCACAACGGCUCAAUUCUUUCCGACUACGAAGUCAUUACAAUUGAAAGGGUGGUGAACCGCGAGUUGGAGGCGCGGCACAAGUCGAUGAUCGAGCUGCUCAAGAUGGAAAUGAGCCGGACCGAAGCGGAGAGGGCCCCGGUGCUGCAACUCUACCACGGAAGCCCGUGCGCCCUCGAAAUCGCCAUGAACGGCUUUAAAUCAGACUUUAUCGCAAUCCACAGUAUGUUCGGCGAAGGCAUCUACUUUUCGUCGUUGUCAUCGAAGAGCAACCAGUACGCGUGGGGCAACAACUUUGGCACGUGCCCCAAGCACCGAAACCGCGCGUGCAUCGUGUGUCCGCGUCGGAUGCUGGUCUGCAGUUGCUACAUGGGCAAGCCGUUCGUGCCGCGACGCACCAAUCAGCCCGUGCCCGCCGGCUUCCACAGCGUCAUUGCUGAGCCUAAAAACGUUCCUGGCCUCCGCUACCCUGAGUUCGUCGUGCUCAACACGGCUCAGGCUUUGCCACGGUAUUUGAUCACAUACAAGAUUAAGCCGUGAAGAAAAUGAUGUACCUUGUCUGUGAGAAAGACUCAAAAUUUUUAAAUUUUGCAGUUCGACUAAAUUUGAAAUACGGCAUGACAUAUAUGUGAGUAUAGAAAUCGCUGACAAAAGUAAAACAUUUCUAUGUGUGAUUUUUCUGUGCAUUGAAAAUGUAAAAUACUACUCAAUAAAUAAAAUAAGGUAGC